AUGAAGAGCGCUUUCGCUUUGGUAGCGGCUACGGCUGCAUUUGCCAACGCCGUCGCAACUCCCGCCAAAGAAGCGGCAUCUGGCACGAGCUCUGGAAGCCUGCCUGCCGUCUCGGUCAAGGGCAAUGCUUUCUUCGCUGGCGACAACCGUUUCUACAUCCGUGGAGUUGACUACCAGCCCGGUGGUAGCAGCAAGGCUUCCGACCCCAUUGCAAACAUCGACACUUGCAAGCGCGACAUUGCCGAGUUCAAGAAGUUGGGCAUCAACACCAUCCGUGUCUACACCGUCGACAACACAGCCAACCACGACGAGUGCAUGAAGGAGCUGGCGAAUGCGGGCAUCUAUCUCGCAUUGGAUGUGAACACGCCCAAGUACUCGAUCAACCGUGCCGACCCAGAAGUCUCCUACAACGACGUCUAUCUGCAGAGCAUCUUUGCUACCAUUGAUGCUUUUGCCAGCUACACCAACACUCUUCUCUUCUUCUCCGGGAAUGAAGUCAUUAACGCGGACAACAACACCAACUGUGCCCCUUACAUCAAGGCCACUACGAGAGAUAUGAAGCAGUACAUUGGCAACCGUGGAUACCGUCAGAUCCCUGUGGGAUACUCGGCUGCGGAUGUGGAGAGUAACCGCUACGAAAUGGCUCAAUACAUGAACUGCGGUACCGAUGACCAGCGCAGUGACUUUUACGCAUUCAACGAUUACUCUUGGUGUGAUCCUUCCUCGUACAYCACCUCUGGUUGGGACCAAAAGGUUGACCAGUACGGCAACUACUCUCUCCCUCUUUUCCUCUCUGAAUAUGGAUGCAUCACCAACGAUCGCAAGUUCCAGGAAGUUGCCUCUCUCUACGACCCCAAGAUGACCGGCGUUUACUCUGGUGGUCUCGUCUAUGAGUACUCCGAGGAGGGUUCCGGAUAUGGUCUCGUCAAGAUCUCUGGUGAUUCUGUUAGUGAGACUCCCGAUUUCUCAGCUCUGUCCGACGCCCUCUCCAAGACCAAGGCACCUCAGGGUGAUGGUGGCUACCGACCUGACGGUCAGGCCAGCGAGUGCCCUACCACCUCCAAGACUUGGGWAGUCACUGACUUUACCGGAUCGGAUCUCCCUGCGAUGCCCGAGGGCGCGCAAGAGUACAUGCAAAAGGGUGCUGGAACUGGACCUGGUCUCAAGGGUGAUGGAUCGCAGAACGCCGGCGGCCAGAGCACUGGUACCGCGAGCGCUGGAUCUGGUCAGCCCUCCAGCACUGGUUCAGCGGGAGGUGACAAGAAGGGAGCUGCGAGCACCGCACAGAUUGGUUUCGCACCAUUCCUUUGCACUGCUGUGGUUUUUGUGUCGACGCUGCUUGGUGCGACUCUGUUGUAG